CCCAGGACAUAUCUGCAAAUCCUGGAGCCAACAGGACAGGACAGCUACGGGAUGAAUUAUACCGGUUGGCACCGUAAAGAACAACUGGAUGUGUCCGUGACCAUCGUAAAGGACAUAGAGAAGAGAAAAGACAUCCUUCAAGAAGUGGAAGUCCUUGAACUUAUCAGAGGCCACGAAAAUGUCAUUGGCUACUAUGGGGCUUAUUACCAACGUGCCUCUGUAAAGAAGCCCCACUAUGAAGGACUGUGGAUUUCUAUGGAGCGUUGGAAUGGUGUAGCGGUGGAAGAUCUAAUCUACACCAGUGAGCAGUACUCCUUGCAUGAAAGCUGGAUAGCGUACAUCUGCAAGGAGGUAUUAAAGGGCCUCUGUCAUCUGGAAAACAAAAAGGUCAUCCAUCACGACCUGCGGCCCCAGAACAUUAUCCUGACAACAUCGGCAGAUGUAAAGAUCAGUGAUUUCAGCUCUGCCACCAUCGGGGAAAUGAGUCACAGUACGUCUGGGCGGAUUCCAUACCUGGCGCCAGAAGUACUGGCCAAUUUUGGCAAGAAGACCAUAUGGUAUAACUCUAAGGCUGACAUAUGGUCCUUGGGAAUAUCAGCACUUCAAAUGGCGGAAGGCUAUUACCCAUUCAGCAGAUUUCCCCAGCAAAAACUCAUGAAACGCAUCAUGCACGGACCUGCGCCAGUAUUAUUGUGGGACAAAUGGAGCGACAACUUCCAUUCAUUCGUCGGCCAAUGCCUCCAGAAAGAUCCAGCUUGGAGGCCGUCUGCCGGAAAGCUCUUAUCACACCCCUUCAUUUGUAAGAUCUUUAAUGAAAGGGGUGUGAAGAGCAAUAUCAAAUGGCACCUGCAGUGAGAGGUAAGGGAACUGCUCAUUCUCAUUACAAUUCACUUGAUGUACAGACCAUAUCCACCUACUGCUCUUAUUCUUACUAUAGUCUCCGGCUUUACUACAUAUAUUAUAAUUCUGUAACUAAUGCCGCCCAUUAUAUAAGGCUGAGAUUGUAUUAGG